CAGGCAGCCUCCGCCCAUAGCCACAGCCAUUCGCGCGCGUCGCCUUCGCAUCUUCGGCUCAUGCGGCCGAGCCAUUUUCCUCGCUCAUGGCGAAGGUAAGCUGCUGUCUUCCAUGGCGCAAGUGUCCCAAGCCGAAGCCCGCGAAAGAGGCGGAGGCCUUUCAGGCGAAGACUGCGCGGGCCAUGGGUUUUUUGUGUCAAGAUCGGCUGGAUGUUGGCAGCAUGGCACCGGAUCUAUCGCAGUUCAGCGUGCUCGAUGACGUGCCGCCGCUGGUGAAGAAGGAGGUCUUGCGCCUUGCAGAGGAGGAGGUCUCGGCACAGAGAGCUGUGGGCGCCAUGGUGGGCAUGGCGGUGGCCGACUCCGUGGGCGCCUUCCUGGAGUUCGUGCCCAUCGGCACCAAGGGCUCGCGAUUCAACCCGCAGACCCUGAAGGUCGAAGGCAGCUUCAACAAGUUCAGGCUGAAGCCUGGCCAGUGGACGGAUGACACCUCCAUGGGCCUUUGCCUCGCGGAUUCACUUCUGGCUUGCAAAGGCUAUGACGGAGCAGACAUUCGUGUACGCUUCUGGAACUGGUGGCACCGGGGGUACAACAACGCGUUUCGCCGAGACAAAGGCCGAAGCGCCUCUGUGGGCCUCGGCGGAAAUGUCGCGACGUCCCUAAAGGACGUGCAGGAUUGCAGCCCCUCCCCACGCUUUGAGUCCAGUAGCCAGGAUGCCGGCAACGGCUCUAUCAUGCGUCUGGCUCCGGUCCCCAUAUUUUUCAGCACGCGUCCGGACAAGGCUGCUGAGUAUAGCGAGGAAUCCUCGCGCACCACGCACCCGGGCCCUGUGGCAGCAGCCGCGUGCCACUUCCUGGGGUUUUUCCUGGCAAGGGCGAUCAACCGAGGUCCCGACACUGGCAGCGCCGAGUUUCUGGAUCAGGUUGUUGAGGAGUACACAGCGUGGCCCUGGCCGCAGCCCAUCCACCGGAAACUGGCGCGGCUCUUGCGCUCCAAGGAGCCUUUGGGCAGCCGAGAGCGCUGCUGGAACUGGCGCGAUCCCGCGGGGCCGUUCCUGGCGGAGACCUUGGAAGCCCGAGGCUCCAGAUACAACGGCUACCCCGUGAGCCCAAACUACGUGGGCGCUUACAGCUUGGAUGGCUUGGCCAUGGCCAUGCAUAGCUUCUACCACACCAAGUCCUUCAUGGAGGCUCUGACUCGGUGUGUGAACUUCCUUGGGGAUGCCGACUCUACAGGUGCCAUUUGCGGUCAGAUGGCCGGGGCCUUCUAUGGCUUCUCGGCCAUCGACGCCCGCUUGGUGCAGCGGCUGCGGCGCUGGGACUGUGACGAGGUGGCGUUCCGAGCAGCCCUGCUGCAUGGCCUUGCUCUGCUCAGAGAGCAAGACACGCUGCCAGGGCUGCCCACCCUGCUCACCUGCUCCUUCAUGACCCCGCCGACACAGUCCACAAAGAGCACCGUCUCAACUGCAGAUCUGCCCGUGGAAGCGUUUCCGCCGGAACCCAACCUGGAGCUGUCCGAGCACAACGAGUUCCGAAAUGCCUUCUGCAUGCCGCGGGAGUGCACCCUUGCCCUGUGAGGCUGCAGCAGCAAUUUUCCCACGAGGAAAAAAUAUCGAAGGCGAUUGGAGCCUGCCAUGGCAAGAUCUGGGCUCCGGAGCUCGA